GCAAUAUGGGGGCAACCUGCCAGCUCCAGAGGCAGCUGGCCUCAGGCCCGGUUUUGGCGUGCAGCCAGUUCCUGACGACCAGGCUGGCCCCAGGCCGGGUUUGCCUCUGCGCCGUAGAAGCAAAGGCGCUUUGCUACGAUUGCUCGGAACGAAGCAAAACUGUCAGACCUUGCGAUCCGCAGCAUUCCGAAAGCAAGCUGCCCACGCCAAUAGCACUGGCCGAAAUCGCACCAAAGAUUUUGUUAUACCAGAUUCUUCAAGUGCAAAAAGGCAGGCCCCAAGAGGAAAAGGCAAGUGGAAGCAAUGGACCCCAGAUGCGGUUCUCAGAGCGGCUUUUGCCAAAGAGAAUAUGGUGAUACGACAUGUCGCCGAACAAGUGGAUGGAGGCAGCGCCAGUCAUGCCGCCGAUUGCAAGUUUUUUGCCUCUGAAUUGAUCAUGCGGGGACAAAGGGAUGGCUUGUCCAAAUUCCUCGAGGAGGCGCUGAAAGAUGUUGGGAUGUUUGAUUUUGCGCUGACCAACAUGAUCUUUGAUGAGACGGAGCUGGAAAUAAAUCUGAAGUCCUUUGGACUCGGGUCCUGGUCGAUCCUUGCUUCUCAUGCUCAGAUGACUUUCUGUGUCAAUGACCAGACGCAUGAUUUCGAUUUUAUCCGCGCACCUGCGGCCCUUCCCAACAAACAGGCAACCACUAUGUGGCCCGCACUCUGCGCAGGCGAGGGGGGCCUCUGGCCGGGUUUGUCCGCAGUGGCAGCCAGGGUCAGGGCGGUGCUGGUUACCUGCGACGCGGCUCCAGCGAACAUCAAGCUCCUCUCGCACCUGCAGAGUGUCCUGGACCAAAGGACGUUGCUUCUCCCGCUCUUGUGUCUCCAACACAGAACGGGGAAUGUCAUCGAGCGAGUCACUAAGCUGUUGGGCGUGUUGACCGGAAGUUUUUCUGUGGCCAAGACAUUACGUUCCGGCAGCGUUGUGAAAAGGCUAGCUGGUCACGUUCGAGACGUGCUGGCAGAGAAUCUUCAGGUCUUUGACCGGGUUCCUCCAGGCGUUGUUGAAGAGUGGGCCGCUGGGCAAGCGUGUGCCAAAGCUAUCUUUAAGCUUGUGCUGCAAGGGCGCGACGACGACAAAGCCAGCGGCGCCUGCCAAAGAUUUUUGGAUUUCUUCGCAAGCCCUUGGACAGGUGACUUGCGAUGUCAGACUGCGGCUGGCCUCUGGCCGAGUUCUGAUCUCCGCGAGAACCCUUUGAGCCUGACUACCGCCUUGAACAAGUCCAAGGGCAUCCUCGUGGCUGACACCUAUGGUGGCGUUGAAGCCUAUCGAUGGGCACGAGAUGCCUACAAUGCCAGGCACCCGAUGCAUGUGAUGGUCGAUAUGUCGGCCUCCGUGCCUGGUUGCAAUGGCAGGCUUUGGCUUGGAGGUGAGCAGGCCAGCACAGACGUAGGUCUGCUCGAGAAAAACGGCAUUUCUGUCGUGUUGCCAGCUUCGCGCACUCCUAUCCCGGCUGAGAGCCUCAACCACGUGGUCCUUGACUACAUUGACGGGACGGCCUUAGCGAAUGAGGACUACGACUUGUCCAAGUUCCUUAAGGUCGCUGACCAGGUUGUGGACUUGCUGAAGAAAGGCCACGGGGUCUUAAGUUCAUGCAGAAACGGAGCUCAUCGCAGCGCGACAGAGACGUGCGUUCUGAUCAUGCGACUCACUGGGUGGCCGUAUGAGCAAGCAGAAAAUUACAUCUGCACUCUUCGAAACUGCGUGGAUCUAAAUUCUGUAGCGCCUCCGUCUGCUCACAGGAGGCAUCCGGUUCGUCCGUCCGAGUUCCUCAAGAAGCACCAGGAGACGAUCCUGGAUGGACACUACGGCCUUGCAGUGAAUGACAUUGUCACGCCUGUGGCAUACCGCAAGAAAAUGCUGGACCUGGGUUUCGAAUCCAUUUCGACCAGGCCUAAGGCCAAGCCUGCCAAGGCUAUCAGACGAGAUUCUGGUUACUCGUCUUUUGAGCUUCUGACGGAUCCGGCCAGUGCCAGUGGCCAGGAAACAGCCAAGGAGGUUGAGUUGGUUGCAGAGGAUGUCCUAGGUGGAACCACCUUGAGUUCAGAAGGUGGGUCUUUGACCUCGUCUUCUGUGGCCUCUGGCCAGGUCCCUGAGCCAAAGGAUCCACCCGCGCAGUCCCAUUCACCUGGCAAAAGAAAGGAGUCUGAGGCAGAGGACGACUUUGCCGAGUUUGAAGUGGUUGAUGAUGAUUUGGAUACGAAAGAGAAGCGAGCGGCAAAGUUGACUUCAUUGUGUGACGACCUGCAGACCCUCAAUGCCUCGAUGCUGAAGCUCCUGCACCCCAAAGAGACCUCCAGGCCACAGCAAAAGGCUAUGCCAAAGCCGCCUUCGGAAGCGAAGAAGGAUGAGGUGAAAGCCGAGAACAAGAUGGACAAGAUGGAUGUCGACGAGGGUGCGGCUUCCCCGGCCAAGGUUGUGGCUGCAUCCAGCACUGAGGAGCCCUUUGAGCCAGAUUACGACCCAGACGACCCCGAGCCAGAAGAACCAGCCCCCUCACCUCUGAAACCGGAUGAAAGUGAGCAAUCCGAAGAAGUGAUGAAGCGGGUCUUGCGCUUGCUCGAAGAACAGCGCUUGCAUAGCCACGCCUUUUUGGCGAAGUCCUCGAGGCAGGAUUCAUUCAGCGAGAAUCAGGAAAGGAUCUUUGCGGCGCUCAUGGGUCCUACGCCUCUGGCGGUGUUGCCAAUGCUUGAUGAUAUGGCUGCCAGCCAGGCCCUGCUGCUCAGGGACAAGAAUGGCAUGAGCCUCUUGCACUUCUCUGCGCGCCUUGGCUGCUGGGAGGUCAUGGACCGCAUGUUGCAGAUUAAUCCUCAGCUCUGUGACCAGAUGACGUCGCCAGUUGGUCGUCCUGCACACUGGUCUCCCCUGAUGAUCUUGAUCGAUGCGGGGCACGCGCGGGAUCCACAGACCUUCAGGUACAUGCUGGCGCGUUUGCUACAGGAGACCAGUUUGACGACCAUCGAGGCCAGGGGUGCCAAUGGGACUUCUGCCUUGCACAUGGCGACGAGCAAAGGCAUGUUCAACGCCACCAAGCAGAUCCUGUACGCUGUGUACAACAAAAACAGGGCAGACUUGGCGGCCUUCGGCCUGGUUACUUCCAUGCUGAACACGCCAAAUGGUCGCGGUGCUGGCUGCGUUGAUCUGGCACUGCGGUGCAACGUGGAUUUGGCCAUGUACCUGCAGAACCAGUGGAACGCACGUCCUCUUCUCCCGCCACGUGUUGGAUAUGCGGGGAACGGUCUCACAGCUUUCUCAGACCAUAGACGCCUUUGCCCCGUAGGACCGCCUUGCCACAUCUGCUCCGGGUGCUGCGCUAGCAGACUGGAGUCCGUGGAUCGAGCGGCGGCCCUUUUUCAAGAAGUUUUUCUACAUGCGCUGACAAUCCCGGCGUUGAAUAAGUGGACGACCGUAGCGCCGUCUAUGACCUUGGUCGCAGCGAUGCAGCAGUGCUACGACGUCGUCCCGCAGGCCUUUGGUCGGUGUUUUGCACGCGGCCAAGCAGAAGAGUCCAGCGACGACUCUGGGGGUGAAGACGCUGCAUUGGGGGUUCCCAGAGACCAGACAAAACAAUGGAGGAAGCUAGCUAGAAAGAGGCAACAGAAGGCCGCCUUCUUUUUGCAGGAUCAAGAGUCCCGUUUCUUGACAAUGCUCUGGGGCAUUGUGACGUUCUGCGUCAUGACCGUUCACUACUCCUUGUUCAAGCGGGGAACUUGGCUCACAGAGCGCGUUGAAGAUGAGACAGACGCAAACCUUUCAUUUUUUUUUAGCAACCCAGCAGCCAGUCCAGCUGCCCGAGCCAGUUCUGAGAUCGCUUCGCUGUUGGACUCUGUCCAGGUUGACGCCUGGAUUCCUUUGGUUGGUUUGUAUGGGCCUCUGCUCUCGUGGCCGCAGAGGAGGUUGCGAAGCACCAGGCGCUGCUUGCUUACGGAGGUUGGCCAGCUGUACAGGAAGUUGCUUGAACCAUGGAAACGUUACCCCUGGAAGCUCGUGGAAUUGCCACUGAUGGAAGAGGCCAUGAGGUUUCAAGCUGCACAAGAUUUCUUUCGGGUCCGUGACUGCUGCCUGGAUGGCUUCAGUGCAAAGCUCAAGACAGUGGUGGAGGAUCCUCGUGGCCUGGUGGCUGCCAAAACUUUGAAGUUUUUAGCCUCUGUCUUUGACCGGUUGGUGCCAACGUCCACCUGCAUUGAGCGGGCUUUUGCUAGACUAAGCAGAUGGUGUGACCGUAAGGGGCCGAAACCUCAACUGUCCACGCUUGCCGCAAAAAAUGCUGUGUAUCAUUUUCGACACCUGACAGAUCACUGGCGGGCCAAAGCUCGAAAGCUUGGUGUUAUCCGCAAAGGCAAGAGUCACCGAUGUAGGCCUGACUGGGCCCAUGGUGUACGCAAAGGACGGUGUCGCAAUGGGUUGCACAUGUUUGCCAGAGAAAAUGGUUUGAAUCCUUCCGAUGAUUUGGCUCGUCAGUGGCGCUUGCAGCCUCGUGCAGAGAGGAGGCGCUUUGCCGCGCUGGCUAGAGCUGCUAACUUGCAGGCAAGAACUUUGCAGAGGUGCGACGCAAGGGCUGCCCAAGAGUCUGCUGCCCUUACUGGCGGCUUUUGGAAUAUGAGUGCAAGCACUGGCUUCCCAAUGGCCAAAUCGAUCGUUGCAGGACAUCUGCAUUCUCUGAAAGAUUAUGCCAGAAAUUUCCGCGUUUCCACUGAUUCGCUGCUUCCUGAGAGCCCAAAUAGUUUUGCUGGCGCACCAGCAGUGCCCUUUUCAUUGUGGGCCUCGUGCCAGGUUGGAGCUUGCCCUCAUGAACUGACGGCCCCCCAGCAAGAAUGCUUCUGGUCUUUGCAUGAAAUGUUGGUGCUAGUGAUUGGCAGCCAAAGCCCGGAUCCCACGGUUGCAUCAAAGGAGCCGCUUGUUCUGGAAUUUUGUUCUCAGAGAGCUGCGGCGUCCCGCCAAGUUGUUGUUGCUUACAACACGCGGAAGAAACCCAUUGAUGCAGCGCUCAUCGCUCUGCGUCCGCUCCCUCCAUCUGAAGUUCCGCAUCAGUUUCUUCAAAUUUUGGCAUGCGAGACAGGCGUAGAUGGACAAUUUCCUUUGGUCGGGGACGUGCCAAUGUGUGUCGAGCUGGCAAGCCAAGCGACUGAUUGGGAGUUGUUUGUUCUCUCUGUUGGUCCUAUCACAGACCUUCAUCUCUUCCAUAUUGUGGAGAGCGGCAGGGACCGAGCAAAGGACGUGGCAAGGGCAAAGCUGCCAAAGGCGCAAUGGAGAGAGCAAACAGACCAGACACGCAUGGAGAUCGUGACGACGCGCUUGAUGACGGAGGCUCUUCGCAGUCGGACGAGGGUGUCCUAUACUUCCAGAAAGUCUCGUCACUGCACCCUGUGCAAUGCCAAGUCCACUGACCAGUCACCUCUGGAUUAUUCGGAGGAUAUUUUUCCAGAAGUGCAGGGAAGAAUCCCGUGGAGAUCUUACGAGAAGGUCAAAAUGGAUGACGGAGAGCAAGUUCGUGUGCCCUCUGGAAAGCUUUGCUUGAUUUGCUUCAACGUCUACAGAGCCCUCGGUUUGCAGGCCACGUACAAGAAAGUUGAAGACUACUUCAACUGGGUCUCCGUGAGAAAAAAUCAGGCCGAGCACGUUUCGUUCCUAAAUGCAAGAAAGGAUUGGAUCAAGCAGCACAAUGAAGGAGGACCCGACUGCAAGAGAUUGCAGAGCAAGAAGUCCCUUCUUGAAGCCAAGAAGACCCUCAACGUUGUGCGCAACGUGGGCGGUCGGUUUAUCGCUCCCAAGAAGAAGUUUGUGGAUAAGGACAAUUGGAAUGAAAAAGAGCACGGAGUCUUGGACCCAAACAAGGUCGUGACCGAACAUAUUUUCGGCAAAGAAAUUCAGGGCUGCUGGAUCUUGAAAGGGAAGAAAGGUGAAUACGAUUUUGAAGAGUACCAAGACACCGCUCUGCAAGAAAAAGAGCAAUUGCACAAUUCAGCAGAUGCUCCCUUUUCUGAAGAAGCUUUGGGCCGCAAACGCAAAGCCAUGAUGGACGAGUUCGUGGAAAGCUCCACUACGAGAGACAAGGCCAGUGUGGAAGGCCAAGAAUUGUCCAUGCAAGGUUUGCUUGCAGCCAUCCAAAUGGGACAUGAUCCAUCUUCUGGUUCCACUGGUGAGGCGGUUUCCACCGUUUCCGCCUCCGGCGAGGUUCAAAGCCAUGAAGCAGAAGAGGAGUCCACCAGCGACUGCGCGUCAGAAGAGGAAGAGGCCCGCCCAAGCCUUUCGUUCGCCCCCCGACCGCCGAAGGCCAAAGCCCAUGGCAAGCCUGCGGCGAAGCCUCAGGCUAAAGGAAGCACGCAGCCGUCGAAAGCUCCAAGUUCUUCUGUCGUGCCUGUCCCUGCACCCAGUGCGCCAGCCGCCAAGAAGACCACCAAGACAGAGCCUGCUCCCAGCAAAGUUCCCAGCAAAGGGACAAAAGCUUUGCAACAAAGCGGCAGCGACCAAAGCUUAGAGAGCGCAGCGACGCUGCUUGCAGACGGUCGGGCCCAGAGGGCCUUGAAGAAUUUGCAGGAGAGUGUUGCCAAAUGGAAGUCCCAGCUGGCAGACAUUCGGGUCGACGAUGCGCCUCCUGCGCCUGAUGCCCAGGCUCAGACCAAAUUUAAGCAAGCGUGCAUAGACAGAGCCAAUGUUGCCAAGGCCUUGGCCCGGCAAGCCCGAGACUAUGGCAAGCGCAUGGACAAGAGUUCCAACAAGGACAAUUUCUUAGGGGAGCUCGAGGAACUGCAAAAGGUGGAGUUUGCUGCUGUGGCUGUCCAGGCCUUGUUUCAGAUAGCUGGUGCGCAGAAUUCAGCUCCAACUGCUGUUGUCAAAGCCUUUGAGGAUGCCAGCGAGCAUGUUGAUCUCUUAGGCUGCAACGCUCUCGGAGCAGGUUUCCAGCUCAAGUACGCUUUUGCAAAGGCGGGCUCGCAUUGUUUGUACCAGGAGUACGAAAAGUAUUGCGCCGCCUUCUUGGGGUCUUCUGAGUUGAUGAAGGGCCUUGCCGAGAACAUUGGCCAAGAUAGUCUGCAGAACCACGUCAUGGCAGAAAUGGAAGGCCGCCUCACUUUGGCUUUGAGGACCAUUAAGCCAACCGACGUCCAAGCUGUUGUCAAUGGUCUUGAGGAGCCCUCCAAUCUUCAAGAGUGCGCUGAUCUGUGCAAAGCGGUCAUGGACGUCGGUCAGAAACAUGGCUCUGACUUUUUGACCGAAGCAGUUGCCACUGAACAUCUCAAGACCGUGCAAGGAGAAGUGUCCAAAUUGCAAUCAGUGUGCUACGCAGGCUCAGUUGCCGGUGUCCAACUCAUUUCUGCCGAUUUGGAACCAGUAGACAAGCUUAUUGGUGAUUGCCAGAAAAGCAUCGCAUGUCUGAAGAGCGGCAAGGACACCAAAGGCAAGAACGCAAAACAUGAGAAGGCAGACGCAGCAGAGAGCAAACAACGACAUCGAGCGCAUGAUCGCCUGGUGGAAGCUUUGAAUGAAUACAAGGCCUCUUUCGCAGAGCGGGCGCGGGAACUUUUGCUGCAGGAGUUGAAAGCAAACCUUUCUGAGCAGCGUCAUCUCUGCAAUGCUUUGGACAGUGACUGCAUGGUCACAGAAGAAGGCACUGGACAAAAAGCGCAGCUGAUCGAUUUGGAAGUUGUGGGCCAUGAAGGAGGCACCGAUGACAAGCACAAGGAGGUGGUGGACCUGCAUUCAACAGGCAAUCUUCUUUGUGAUGCUUUCGGUUUGCAACCGAAUGAGGCGGAUUUUGAGAAGAGCUGCUUGAAGGAUGCGGUUCCUUGGCUGGAGGGUGUUGCUAAAAAGCUUGCAAGAUAUUUUCUUCAGAAGUUCGAAGACGCGACCGCCAAGUUGAACGCCGGUGUGAAGAAGGUGAUUGCAAUCAAGAUGCCGAGCUUGGACAUGGAGGACGAGUACCGGAAGCAGGGCGUGAGAGUUGUGGGUACCCUUGCUCAGCUCACGGCUGCGGUAGAGGACGACAUCAAGACUUUAAGGGAUGUGCGACAAGCCCUGUCCAACCUGAAAGGCGUCAAGUUCGCUCCGCAAGGGAAACCUCCAGCUGUGGAAGAGAUAUGCGCUUUCCAAGCAAGGUUUCAGGAUCCUUUUGCUCCGGCAACUUACGAGCUUGAUGCUGGCAAGCAUGCAAAAGAAGCAUCCUUCCAUGUGGCCGCAGUGGCUGCGUUGUGCUUGCUUCGGAGUGACGGCAUGAAAAAGGCAGACAGUAAGACUACCAAGCAGGUCGCAGACGUUGCUGUUACUUUGCGGGGCAAACUGGAGCUCGUGGCAGAAGAUUCUGCGGAUCUCAAGACAGCCGGCAAGCGAUUGCUCGAGGAGUGUGAGAAGUACGGAAAAGUCUCGCCAAGGGCAGCGAAAGCCAAGGCGGCGACAGAGACUAGCCACAGCUCGGCAUCCAAGAAGUCGCGAGUCGCUGAGGCACAGGAUGCCGGCAAGAACGUCAACAAGGAGGAAGCGUCCAAGAAUGCGACAGACACUCAGAGCACACCGCCGCCAGAGAAGGCAGCUGCAAUGGAUUCUAUCCCAGUUGCAGAAGAAGGCGCUGAGAACCCGGAGAAGAAGCCGGAGGAGACAAAAGAAAGCAACAUAGAAAAGGACAAAAAGGAGAAGGAAGAGAAAAAGGAGAAAAAGGAGAAACAGGAAAAAAAGGAGAAGAAGGAUAAGAAGGACAAAAAGGAAAAGAAAGAAAAGAAGGAAAAGAAAGAAAAGAAAGAAAAGAAAGCAAAACGCGAGAAGAAAGACAAAAAGGAAGGAGACAAGAGUGGCAAAAGGAAAGGGAACAAGGAAGAGAGCCUCCAAGCAGGAAAGGCAAAGACGGCAAACAAGAAGGGAAAACCGCUGGCGGUCAGCCCCAAGAAGAAGCCUUUCGCAGCGCGGCAGGCUCAGAAGAUGAGCCCUUCGAGCAAGGCAUUCAAUGUUGUUGAAGGCACGCUGCUGCCAACUCUGGCCAGGGAGAACCUGCAAGGCUUCAAAGCCGUGUUGCCGCGAAAUCAUCCGUUGGCCCUAGGCUUUGUUGGUGGAGAGCAAACCCGAGCAAUGGAUGAUUUGGAGUUGACCUGGGGGUCUUGUUGCUCUGGCAGCGAGGGCGUCCACCAUGUAGUGGAAGCAUGUGCCCAGGCCAUGGAAGAGACAGGUUUGCCAGUCACUUUCCAGCACGCGUUCUCAUGUGAAAGCAACAAGGCCAAACGAUCCUGGAUUGCUGAUGUCUUGUGCAAGGGACAAGUGUUCAACUCUGACAUGCACGAAACCUUUGCUACUCAUGCAGAAGUUGGCUGCAUCUUUGAAGAUAUCAAGGAUAUGGGCAGUGAAAUGAGCAAGUGCAGCCUACAUGGAAAGGAGUGCCCAGUUCCUUCGGUUGAUUGCUUGUUUAUAGGAACGAGCUGCAAGGACUUGUCCAGAGCCAACAGCUCCGUAGACAAAAGCAAACUGGUUUUGUCGCAGGAAAGCAGCAGAGGAGCCUCUGCGCAAACCUUUCGAGGCAUGCUCAGUUAUUGCCAGGGUCACAGACCGACGUUGGUUUUGUUUGAAAACGUGGACGCAAUAGAUGACAAAGUUUCCAGCAACACUGAAACAAACCUUUCACUGCUCAUGAACGCCAUGAAGGAACUGGGCUAUGAGGGCCAAAAGAUCAUGACUGAUGGCCAGGAAUUUGGGCUUCCUUGCCGACGUCGAAGGCUCUAUGUGAUGUUCAUCGACAAAGAAAGCAGCAAGGUAGACACACAAACCAAAACCUUGAGCCAGAUCUUUUCAACUUUGCGGACUUUGGUGACUUCUUGCAUGCGGUCGCCGCCUUGUUCCAAGGAGUGCUUGCUGAGCCCGUCAGAACCAGAUCACUUGGAACUCUUGGAGAAAGCUUUGGGGGAGCACCAGAAAAGCGCGCAAAAGGCUGCCGAGAAGAAAGCACCUCCACAAACAUGGCUUGACAGACACAUGGCCUAUGCAGAUGAUUUGGGUUAUCGGUGGGGGUCUGCCGUGGAUGAGGAGCUGGCAGGCAAUAAAUGGUACCAAACUUUGUCCAAGCGGGAGGCAGAUGCCUUGGUUUUGUCUAGGGUUGCCGAUCCAACGUGUGAAUUCCGCAAUGUGAGCCAGAGCGUGGGCCGUAUCAACUCAGUUAGCCAGAUUGACAACAAAGGAAAAGAGGUCGCGCCGACCAUGUUGCCUGGACAAUUGAUGUGGGUUGAGUCCCAACAGCGCAUACUCACAGGCUACGAGGCGUUGAUCUACCAAGGUUUCCCUAUCUUAUUAUAUCUGGCAAAGGCUCGAAGUUUGCCACCCGCUUGCAAUUCGCAAAGCUUUCUGACUGACAUCGCGGGCAAUGCGAUGGCAUUUCCUGUGGUUCUGGCCAUCUUCCAAGCCACGUUGGCCUCUGUGCCCUGGUUGCCUGCGCAUGACAGUGAAGAUGAGGAUGAUAAUGAUGAGAAUCAGGAGGAAGAC